UCCCACCUCCUGCCAUCCUGAAUGUCGGGGUGCAGAGGGAAGGGUCUUUGACGGUAAGGAGAGGUACCAGAGUGCCAAGCCGGCUCAGGACUGUUGCCUUUUGGCCGACUCAGAGGCCUCCAGACCAGAGAAGCUCCUUCUCCCUUGGGAGUAUUGGCCUGUCCCUCCCUGCCUCUAGUUAGCACAGCGGCCACAGAUGGCAGUGUCUCUGGGGACAGCAGCUGCGACUGAGUCUACAGGCCAACCCUGAGCGGCUCAGGCUGAGGCAGCACGCUCUGUGCAGAGACUGCAGACAGACCAGGCGUCUACGGGUAUGAGAUAAGGCAGCUGAAGGUCAGAGUAUAAAAACAACAUUGUAGCACCUAUACACGGCAGGCAUGGCCAAAGCCGCCGCGAUGCCGCACUUCUUGGACUGGUUCGUGCCUGUCUACCUGGUCAUCUCCGUCCUCAUCCUGGUGGGCUUUGGAGCUUGCAUCUACUAUUUCGAGCCUGGCCUGCAGGAGGCGCACAAGUGGCGCAUGAAGCGCCCCCUGGUGGAGCGUGAUCUCCGUAAGACGCUGAUGGUGCGGGACAACCUGGCUUUUGGAGGUCCAGAAGCCUGAGCCAGAGGACAACCCCUUGAUCUUUCCAUCCAUGCAUCUGUAGCCCAGUAGAGGCCCUUGCUGUUCAGGGAGGAUCCUUGUGUAGAAACCAGGCACUCGAAUAUCUAUUUUAUUUGCUGCUCCGGGCUCAAAAUCAUGCCUUCCCUUCCUAGCUCUGGGGACAACCUCCACUGGCCCUCAGUGCCUUUAAGUGCUGUCCAGCCCUCUUCCCCUCCAUCUGGAGUCAGGUAUGACUGUCCCACUGAAUUCCCAGUUGCUUUCAGCUCCCAUCUCUGCCUCGCAGCUGCGCCACCGGGCUGGCCUCAAAGCUGCCCCAGGAGAAGCCUUUCAUCAGAAUGAUGCCAGCUUGGUUCAGACCAGCCCCGCCCACCUCAGUGGGCUCAGAAUGAGUGAUAGCGUAUGGUGGGGGUGUGCAGAAGGGCAGGACUUUGGAAAGGGUGUGUGUGUGUCUGUGUCUGUGUCUGUGUGUGUGUGUGUGACAGCGGGCAGGCACUAGUAGGUGGGAAGUUAUGUGUGUGAGAGAGACAGAAUGGGGGCCCUGGCAGUGGUGGGCGUGGUGUGGGCUCUAUACAGCAAUGCGAGGACUGUCCACAGCAGGUUCCAGCGCCUUCCCUCUGCUGGAGUCUUCCACCCUUCCCUUAGGCUGAGGUGGCCGACAGGAGCCCCUGCCCAUGCUCCCUCUCUGUCCCAUGCUGCACUUCCGGGACUGAGCCUAGCCUCGCCUGUCCACCCUGGAAGCUCCUCCUGUAUGGAGAUUUCAUUACUUGACUUUGUGGCACAAAUGGGUAGACUUCAUCUCUCUCUUCUGCUGUGGCUUCCAUCUUCAUUUAUUCAAAUCUAAUAAAGGUUUCAUGGCUCCCUC